AUGUCAGAAGUGGAUGAUGAUAUUCGAGUGGUCGUUGCUAUCGAUUUUGGAACAACCUACUCUGGGUACGCAUAUGCUCACAAAGAAGAGCCUGAUGAAAUCAUAGUUCAAGAUAGUUGGAAAGAAUAUGAAGCCCGUUUUAAAACUCCAACCGUCAUAAAAUAUAAUGAUAACUAUAGUGUUAUUAAAUUAUGGGGAUACCCUGCAUUAACCGAAAGAUCGAAGAUUAAAAAAGCUCGACUCUUUUCUUCUUCCAAAUUACCUAAAUCUACAUCAAUCCCUAUUGAAUUAUUUAAAUUACAUUUAUUAAAAUCAAUUAAAGAAAGCGAAAAACCUAUUUUGCCGAGAAAAUUAAAUUAUAAAAAUGUUAUUAGAGAUUUCAUGAAACAAUUGGGUGAUGAUGUCAAAACUAAUUUGAAGAAGGCUUGGCAAAAUUUGGAUCUUGAAAAAAACGUGUUAUAUAUACUUACGGUUCCCGCUGAAUUUGAUGAUGAAGCAAUUGCAACAUUUCGUGAAUGUGUUUUUAAUGCUGGUCUGCUGAAAGAUAAAGACAGCAAUAAUAUCAGAAUUAUAACAGAACCUGAAGCAGCGGCAAUCCAUUGUUUGAAUUCGGCAUUAGAACAUAAUUUAACUAUAGGAGAUUCGUUUAUGAUUGUCGAUUGUGGUGGUGGCACCGUAGACUUAACGACACGUGAACUUUUAGAGGAUAAAAGAUUGAGUGAACUAACUGAACGUACAGGAGACUGUUGCGGGUCAAGUCGUAUAGAUGAAGCAUUUCUUGAAUUUAUUGGGGAAAAAGUAGGCAAAUCUGUAAUUGAAUCAAUAAGAAAAAAUCAUUACGGCCAAUUACAAUAUUUUGUACAAGAAUUUUGUAAACAGGUAAAAAUACCAUUUACGGGCAAUGAUAAGGAUGUGCAACACUCUAUUGAAUUAGAUGUAUUGUUGCCACCAAUAAAAGAUUACGUAAAGGAAAUAAAUGAAAAGGAAAGGAAGAUAUUAGAAAAUUCUGAGUGGGUAAUCGAAAUUAAUUUCACAGAUAUUAAAAAUAUGUUUGAUCCCGUUAUAGAUAAAAUAUUAAGUUUGAUCAGGGGACAAUUGGAUAAAAGUGAGAAAAAAUGCUCUGCUAUAUUUUUAGUAGGGGGAUUUAGUGAAUCUAAAUAUCUACAAUAUAGAAUCAGAAGAGAAUUUUGUAAGAUUCCAAAUAUUUCAGUUCCACCUCAUCCUACUACAUCAGUUGUAAAAGGAGGUGUUUUAUACGGACUUAAAGAAGAAACUGUUAAAGAUCGUGUAUUAAAACGCACAUAUGGCACUGAUGUAGUACGAAAUUGGCAACAAUCUGAUCCGCUUUCACAAAAGCUUCCAGAUGGAAAAGUCAUAACUUUCGAAAAACUAGUACAACGUGGGAAACAAAUAUCUAUGGAUGAAAAGAUUGUUAAGGAGUUUAGGCCAUCAUCAUUAUUGCAACAAAAAAUAAGUUUUGAUAUAUACGUUACGGAUAAUCAAGAUGUAAAAUAUUGUGAUGAUCCUGAAGUGAGUUUACUUCGUAAUUGGGAGAUUGAGUUACCCGAGAAUGAAAGUAUUGAAGACAUGAAGGAUACGACGAUUUUAUUUACUUUAACAUUUACUACUGUUGAAAUUUUAGCUACUGCUGAAAAUAAAAAAACUGGCAAAAAAUAUCACGUUACAUUUAAACGUGAAUAA